UUAAAUGAUUACAUGGCGUGAUAGUCAUAUUCAGGUCCUGGUUGGUCAACAAGCUUAUUUGACGCUUCGAAUAGUGUAAAACGGCGUUCCAUACCAGCGAGGUAAAUCAAGUGCACCCCACCUAGGCAAAGGACUUAUUCUGAUUGGUUAAAGAAAACCGGAUGGCUGGUUAGGAUUGGUGACCCUUCGUGAACGCCGAAUAUUGUGUGUAAAUGAUGAAGAAAUAGGGUCAGUAAUGUGAAAUCCCUAUAAAUGUAACAUUUUUAAACUUCCAUUUGUAUUUGAUUUUUUUUUUAGCAAAGCGUUAAUUUAGAACUGUCUGUGAGAAAAUGUUGUGGAAGAUUACGGUUGAGCACCCCUAGUUACGUAAUGGGUUAGUUCAUCAUUACUGUACAGCGGAAGGAGGAGGACGUCAAUAUACAACAGCGUAUUUAUCCCACCAGGAGAAAUUCAUACUAUGUGGCUACCUAGUUAACUACCAAGUUAAAAAUCCACGACACAAUGCAAGCAUAGAUGACAACCCACCCCUCUAAACAGACCAACCACUCCAACUUUAAACAAUUCUCUCAUCCAACAUCCCAGUCCUCUCUUCAAUGCCUAACAGUGGGGAUAGUUCAGGACCUAAUGUAUCUGGGAGUCAGCCAGGCGACCAGGCUAUGCCCUUGUCCCAGCGACCCCCACCCCCUGACAGAGAGGAUGACCAACGCGGCCUACUGACCACUCUCACCCGGGACUCCCUGAGGACCCGGAGAGCCUCCAGCGCUGAGCUCCAGCUCCCAUGGACCUGCCCUGUCACUCACUCCAGGGAGAAGUUCUACACGGUCUGCUCAGACUACGCCCUCCUCAACCAGGCUGCCUCUCUCUACCGGCUCCCCAGCACCCCCAGAGAGGAUGGCAGCGGGGCCCCAUUAGUGAAGUCCAACACUGUGGACCUGUCUCAGGGUCAGGGGCAGCCUGCAGGUGUAGAGGAGGCUUCAGACGAAGACUUUGACAUGGAGGGGGUGUCCUGCAGCAACACCGAGCCUAUCCUGGCUUGGGAGAUUGAUACCACUAACUUUGAUGCUGUGCUAACUCGAAAGCCCAGGACAAGCAACACAAAGAGAGUCGGUACGAAGAAGAUGAAGUCUUCAGGGGGCAGUAGGAACCUGCAGGACCUUCCUCUCCACGCCUCGCAGGACGAGAUUAAACAGAGGAAAGUGCUGGACCUCAGGAGAUGGUACUGUAUCAGCCGCCCCCAGUACAAGACGUCAUGUGGGAUAUCUUCAUUAGUUUCCUGCUGGAACUUUCUGUACAGCGCACUAGGAGCAGGGAGUCUCCCACCUAUCUCCCAGGAGGGGGCUCUUCAGAUCCUAGGCUUCCAGCCUCCCUUUGAGGAGAUUAAGUUUGGUCCCUUUACAGGCAACGCUACUCUGAUGAGAUGGUUCAGGCAAAUCAAUGACAAUUUCCGUGUCCGAGGAUGUUCCUAUAUUCUGUACAAACCCCACGGGAAACACAAGACAGCGGGAGAGACUGCUGAGGGGGCGUUGUUGAAGUUGACCCUGGGGCUAAGAGAUGAAACCAUGGCCUAUAUUUACCACUGUCAGAACCACUACUUCUGUCCUGUGGGCUUCGAGGCCACACCUUUCAAAGCAGCCAAGGCCUACAGGGGUACAUUACCAACUAAUGAAAUGGAACAUUGGAUCCUGAUUGGUGAACCAAGCAGGAAACACCCUGCUAUUCACUGUAAAAAGUGGGCUGAUAUUGUUACAGAUCUGAACACACAGAAUCCAGAAUACCUUGAUAUUCGUCACACGGAGAGGGGAAUUCAGUGCCGCAAAACCAAAAAGGUGGGAGGGAAUCUUCACUGCAUCAUGGCUUUCCAGAGGGUCAACUGGCAGAAGCUAGGCCCCUGGGCCCUCAACCUGGAGAACCUGAGGCAUGACCUCCACCACCAGGGGUCUGAGAGGGCCCAGGGGGGCUUAGCAGAGGUCCAGGAGGACAGGGAGAAGACCUCAGGAAAACACCAGGCUUUGGCCCGGCUCGGCCGCUCCAACAGCACAGGUACCAGUAACCAGAAGGACGUAGCUUGGAAACACCUGUCUAACACCACAGAGUACCGACACAGGAGCUCACCUGAGAGCGACGUUGAAGAAGAUACCACUGAUGACUGAGAUUCAAUGAGAAGGCUGUGAAGUUAGUGCUGCUAAAAUAUACUGGUUAGUAUAUCAAACGUUCUCAAUAGUUUUUCACCAAAAAAAAAGAGAGAGAGAGAGAGACGAAAGUGUUGUUUUACCCCGUCGAGCAUCAUCCAGAUUCCAUCAAGGAUUUUGCUUGAUUAUUGUAAUGAAAAGUUAGUACAACAUACAAGUUGAUACACUUUAGUGUGAAAGCUAUGUUUAAUCGUCUAGCAAUGUAUAGAGGACUGCUGCUAUUAAUCAGAAUGUCUGAUAACAUUGCAUUUAAAAGCCAUUUAAGAAAUAGAAGAAUAAGAAUAAAAAUCUAUUCAUUUUACACUUUAAAGUGAGUGUGUUAGUUUGCGAAUGUGACUAAAACCCAGUGACGACUGUAAGCCAAGUUUUUCUCAACUCCACGGUGCACAUCACAUCAAUGGAGUUGAGCGGAGACAACUACAACGAGUCGCUGUCCGUCGAUAAACCCUUACCUUGUACCUAUGUUUGUCCUCUGUAGCUGCCUUUCUUACUUCCUUACCUUGUACCUAUGUUUGUCCUCUGUAGCUGCCUUUCUUACUUCCUUACCUUGUACCUAUGUUUGUCCUCUGUAGCUGACUUUUUUACUUCCUAACCUUGUACCUAUGUUUGUCCUCUGUAGCUGCCUUUCUUACUUCCUUACCUUGUACCCAUGUUUGUCCUCUGUAGCUGCCUUUUUUACUUCCUAACCUUGUACCUAUGUUUGUCCUCUGUAGCUGCCUUUCUUACUUCCUUACCUUCUACCUAUGUUUGUCCUCUGUAGCUGUCUUUUUUACUUCCUAACCUUGUACCUAUGUUUGUCCUCUGUAGCUGCCUUUCUUACUUCCUUACCUUCUACCUAUGUUUGUCCUCUGUAGCUGUCUUUUUUACUUCCUAACCUUGUACCUAUGUUUGUCCUCUGUAGCUGCCUUUCUUACUUCCUUACCUUCUACCUAUGUUUGUCCUCUGUAGCUGUUUGUAGCUGUGUGCCUUUCUUUGUUUGCUGAUAUCCAUACUUUUUAAUAAAACCUUUAUCCAAUACAACCACAGACUCUUUCCUUGUAUCGACUGACAGCGACUCCGCCCACAGUUGUUGCAAACAAACUCCACCGAGAUGUACAUAUGGUAGAGUUGAGAAACCCAGCUACAGGAAAACUAACAGUAGAAACAACGAUGUACAUAUAGUAGAGUUGAGAAACCCAGCUACAGUAAAACUAACUACAGAAACAUGGUAGACUUCAGACACCCAGCUACAGGAAAACUAACUGUAGAAACGUGAAACAAACAGUACAGUGGGUACAAUUGACAUUGUGAUGUCCUGUGAAACUAUGUUAAUUGUAGAUGUUCUUUUCCCAAAGAAAAUACCUGAGAAAUCAAGUCAAUGGAUGCUAAUCACCUACCAAGAUGUAGAGAUUUAUAUUUGUGUUGUUAUUGAUGUCCAACGUGAGAGACAAUGGAUAAUGAGUGCAUGAUUGUGUCCAUGUUGUGUCUUAAGCCACAGUUAAGUCUCCUGCUCAAGCAUCUGUUGUUUUGUGUUUAGAUUUAUCCCAACACUACUGUAAAAUGUAUCAUUAUGUAUUAAUGUGAUUUUAGAUUUGCUCCUUUUUCUUAAUAAAUAACAAUUUAUAUCAAUUCA